CCACACCGGCCCCGUGAGCAAAGACAACCUCCCCUCCCCGUCUCCGUCGCAGGUCAUCUCGUGGAUUCGCCGGAAAAUCCAGGAUAGCCGCCGGAGAUCUCAAAAGUGAGUCAAAGCAGUUUUAGGAAGGGAGUGAGAGAAUAUGCAUCAGAGAGGACCUGGGAGCGGAAGGCCUUCUGGAACUGAUGGUUCUGAUUUUUCCUAUCGCAUGGUAGUGGACUCGCGCUAUAAAAAGGUCGCUGAAUACAAGUCUCGCCUUUCUGUUCUCAUCUUCACCCAGGCUAUUAUUCAAUUGUUAGCAGCAGUGAAUGUAUUUUUAUCCACAACUAAGACGGAGGAGCUUGACAAAAUUGCAGUUUCUUCAUCUGUUAUAUGUUUCAUUUCUCUCUUCAUAGGAGAAUUAGGUAGGAAGCGAAGCCGGGCAAGUUUUCUGAAGUUAUACAUGUUAGGAUCAUCAAUAGCUGUACUGAUAUCAACUGCUAAUCUCUCAAGGAGUGCUUAUGUGGUACAAGUUAUCAAGGAUUUUAGUAGCUGGGGUACGUCAAUGCUUGAACUUUCAAAGGUUGCAACUGGCCUGCUAGGAUUCGUGGUACAAUUAUAUACAAUCAGUACGACGACAUCUCUUAUCCGCAAUAUGGCUCCUCCUAAGAGGACUGCUUGAUGAUGAGAUUAGCCACCAUUUAUCUGAUUUGUCUUUUAACUUGCUUUUUGUGGGCAUUUUCUUUGCUUUACUUUGUGAUGGAGGAGAGCUUUUCACCCACCUUUUUCUCACUUCGAAAAGAUGUUGUACAAGGGUAUAAAUGAUGUAUAAACCAGUGUUACUAAUUCAUACAUCAAAUUGUUCUUUUCCCUCUUGCA